AGAGGGGGAGAGCGAAAGAGAAGGAGAGGGAGAGGGAGGGAAGCCGAGGAGGGGCGUGGCCGGCGCGGCAGGGGGAGGGCGCUGGGAGGAGGGGCUGCUCUCCUUUGCUAUCCUCUCCUCUCCCGGCUCCCUGCUCUGGGGGCUUCGGUUUAUUUGCCGCGCUGGGUGCAUUUAGACUAGAGGAGGAACGCGCAGCUGAGCUCCGACCCCGGAGCAGCUACAGGAUGACCAGGGCUCGAGGUGCCUGGGAUUUUCUCUGUCUUCUGAUCCUGCUAAGCUUCCAGACAGGUUAUCUUCAACCUUCUACUAGUCCAGCUAAUUACUCUCCACCAUCAAUCACUCCAGCUUUAUCACAGUUAACAGUGAAUGUCGGAAGUGAGAUUAAGUUGUUAUGUAAUGAUCGUCACCUGGUAAAGUGGACUUUUGAGAAUUCUGCCCUCCAUUUUGAAUCACGCAGAAAUACAGAAACAUGGCUCACCACCAGUGCCAAGGCUCAAGAUACAGGCAGAUAUACGUGUACCAACGAAGUAGGCUUGAACAGAUCCAUUUAUGUAUUUGUUAAAGAUCCCAAAACUCUCUUCCUUUUGGAUCGUCUUCUCUAUGGGAAUGAAGGCAGUGAUGCUUUAGUCAGCUGUCCUGUGACAGACCCAGAGGUAACCAAUUUUACCUUGAAAUUAUGCAAUGGAAAGCCACUUCCCAAGGACCUGAUGCUUAUUCCUGACAUCCAGAAAGGCAUCACCAUCCAAAAUGUGAAGAGAAGUCACAACAAGGUCUGCUUCCAAUGCUCUGCCUACCAAGAUGGACAGUUGAAGUUGUCCGACAAGGUGACCCUGAAAGUGAGGCCAGCUGCGAAGAGUGUUCCAGAAGUCAGCUUGCUCAAAACGAACUACCUUCUCAGGGAGGGGGAGACCUUUGAGGUCAUGUGUAUGAUUAAAGAUGUGGCUAGCUCGGUGGUGUCCAUGUGGAUAACGGACAACAGUAGGAGUAGCACACAUACUCAAAGCAGGCAUUCUGGUGAUUAUGCCUAUGAACGUCAGCACAUAUUGACAAUCAGUUCAGUGAGAGUUAAUGAUUCUGGAGUCUUCAUGUGUUUUGCCAGUAAUACUUUUGGAUCUGCAAACAUCACAGCAACCUUAAAAGUAGUAGAAAAAGGGUUCAUUCACAUUUUUCCCAAGAUGAAUACCACAAUUUUUAUAAACGAUGGAGAAAACGUAGACUUAGAGGUCGAAUAUGAAGCAUUUCCCAAACCUGAACAGCUUCAGUGGAUAUAUAUGAAUGGAACAGUCACUGACAAAUGGGAUGAUUAUAUCAAACCGGGAAGUCAGAGCACUAUCAGGUACAUAAGUGAACUUCACCUUAACAGAUUAAAGGGAACUGAAGGUGGCCCUUAUACCUUUUCAGUGUCUAAUUCAGAUGUCAGCGCCUCUGUAACAUUUAACGUUUAUGUAAAGACAAAACCAGAGAUUCUUACAUCUGACAGACUCAUGAAUGGUCUGCUCCAGUGCGUGGCAGCAGGGUUCCCCAAACCUACAAUAGAUUGGUAUUUUUGUCCAGGAACUGAGCAGAGGUGUUCAACAUCUGUUCCGCCAAUGGAUAUGAAGAUAAAUUCAUCCAUGCUGCCACCCUUUGGAAAAAUAGUGGUUGAAAGUACCAUUGAUUCCAGUGCUUUUAAAAACAAUGGCACUGUUGAGUGUAAGGCUUCCAAUGAUGUUGGCAAGAGUUCAGCCUUUUUUAACUUUGCUAUUAAAGGUAACAUUAAAGAACAAAUCACUUCGCACACACUAUUCACACCUUUACUGAUUGGCUUUGUGGUAGCAGCGGGAUUGAUGUGCAUCAUCGUAAUAAUUCUAACCUACAAGUAUUUCCAGAAACCCAUGUAUGAAGUUCAGUGGAAAGUCGUGGAAGAGAUAAAUGGAAACAACUAUGUUUACAUAGACCCAACACAACUUCCUUAUGAUCACAAAUGGGAGUUUCCCAGAAACAGGCUGAGUUUUGGGAAAACACUUGGUGCAGGAGCUUUUGGGAAAGUGGUUGAGGCUACUGCCUAUGGCUUGUUUAAAUCGGAUGCUGCAAUGACCGUUGCUGUGAAGAUGCUGAAACCAAGUGCCCAUUUAACUGAACGAGAAGCUCUAAUGUCUGAACUGAAGGUCCUGAGUUACCUCGGUAACCACAUGAAUAUAGUGAAUCUUCUUGGAGCGUGCACUAUUGGAGGACCCACAUUGGUCAUUACAGAAUAUUGUUGCUAUGGUGAUCUUUUGAAUUUUUUGAGAAGAAAGCGGGAUUCAUUUAUUUGCUCAAAGCAUGAAGAUCAUGCAGAAGCAGUGCUUUAUAAGAAUCUUCUUCAGUCAAAGGAGUCUUCAUGUGAUGGUGCUAAUGAAUAUAUGGACAUGAAACCAGGUGUUUCUUAUGUUGUCCCAACAAAAGCUGAUAAAAGGAGAUCUGCAAGAGUAGGCUCGUACAUAGAGAGAGAUGUGACGACUGCCAUCAUGGAAGAUGAUGAAUUAGCUUUGGACAUUGAAGACCUAUUGAGCUUCUCUUACCAGGUUGCAAAGGGCAUGAGUUUCCUUGCUUCUAAGAAUUGUAUUCAUCGAGACUUGGCAGCCAGAAAUAUUCUACUUACCCAUGGUCGAAUAACAAAAAUCUGUGAUUUUGGCCUGGCCAGAGACAUCAAGAAUGAUUCUAAUUAUGUGGUCAAAGGAAAUGCCCGACUACCUGUGAAAUGGAUGGCACCUGAAAGUAUUUUCAACUGUGUUUACACCUUUGAAAGUGAUGUCUGGUCCUAUGGAAUAUUUCUUUGGGAGCUGUUCUCUCUAGGAAGUAGUCCGUACCCCGGAAUGCCUGUCGAUUCCAAGUUCUACAAGAUGAUUAAGGAAGGUUUCCGAAUGCUCAGUCCAGAAUGCGCACCUCCUGAAAUGUAUGAGAUCAUGAAAAGCUGCUGGAAUGCAGACCCUUUGCAGAGACCGACCUUCAAGAUGAUUGUGCAGCUCAUUGAGCAGCAGCUGUUGGACAGCACUAACCAUGUUUACUCCAACAUUACAACCAGCAGCCCCAACCACGAGAGUCCUGUUGACCAUUCUGUGAGAAUUAAUUCAGUAGGCAGCAGCGCUUCAUCCACUCAGCCCCUGCUUGUCCAUGAAGAUGCCUGAAGAAGGAGGUGUUGGGCCCAAAGGAGGAUGGGCCAGUUCUUUUGGUUUCCAUGACUUUUAUUUUGUUCAUCUACUUGUUGGCCUCUAGCACAGUGGGUGCAUUGCUGUAAUUCUAUCCUUUGUGAAUACACUGUCAUAGCCUGAAUGAACUCACUGACCACAGUUUCAGCCAUCAUCAUGAUGCAGGGGCAGAAGUUGUACAUAUUCUCAGUAAGGAGCUAGCUGGCCAGAAUCCAUAUAGGAGAAGGGUAUUGACCAUAAUCCCCUUUUAUACCUGGCCUGUGAAAGGAGGUUGCUAUUUGAUUUUUUUUUCCUUUGUCAGUUAAUAAAUAGAAGUAGUUGAUCACUUUUGGUCUUUCUUAGUCACAUUUGCAGUUGGGGUAUAAGAGCAGAGGCCCGGAUUGGGGGUGCCCCCUUAUUUUCUGCCCCAUGAGUGCUCCUAAGAGAUAUCAUGGCCAAGCAUUUCUGUGUAAAAUAUCAGGUUAUAAGAAGCAGAGUCAGGGAAGGAGGGAAGGCAUGCCGUGUUCAAGUAAUUCUCCAAAACACCUACUGGCUUGCAUGAAAACUAGAUUUUUCAUGUCAGGGAAGUUCACGAGCCUGGGAAAAAAGCGUUGCAAGUUUCCCAUGUGGAACAUGAGGAAAGACAUCCCAGCCACUGCACAAGCUUUCCCUCCUCCAGGAAGCCCAACCAUGAGAGUCCUGUUGACCAUUUCUGUGAGAAUUGAUUCAGUAAGCAGCAGUGCUUUAUUACUCUUGGGGCCUGUUUUAAUAGUGGCAGCUUAGGCAAGGGGGUAGACAGGGUGGAUCAGCAGUGUGCUUGCACCUUCUGGCACUGAGAUGGGUCCCCAAAGAAGCUGGCUGUGUAUUUUAGGGGAAAAACCUCACACGUUUGCUCUCAUGCACAACCCUGGAGCCUCCGCAGGGCUUAAGACUCUCUGUUAAGAAUAGAAGCCACAUAAGCAGUUAGCUGUCCUCUUUAUUUGUCUUUUAUAAAGAAGGAAAGCACAGUCCUCGGAGUCUCUUUUUAAACCCGUUGACUUGCUGUACAGAUUCCCCAUAAACGGCCUGUGAGUCCUAGAAUGGCUUGGUAGCCAAUGCAGUAUCUACCUACCUAUCUAUUGCAUGAUAUCUGCGGGCAUGAGAAAGCGAGCUAUUUCAUACAGAUCCCUAAUGUAGCAGGAAAGCAAAUCUAGAUUCAGCCUCAUUUAUAGGCAUGCCCUGGACCUUGGGCCAGUAUAUAUUAUAUAUAAAGAUGUAUGUAUGUGCGUGUGUGUAUGUAGAGAUAGUCUAUUUUGAGGCUCACCUCGCCCUGAGUCCGAGAGGGUCCUCAGGUGCCCACAAAGCAGCAGCCUUUGCUUCCUUCCAAAAUUCUGUCUUUGCUUCCCUUGCUUCGUCUGUUCACAGUAGAUCAUCCAAAGCACGGAGAGGAGAGAAUCUAAAGUAUCUAUUUACACUUGAGACGCUCUGUCAUUGGUAAACUCAAUAUACUGUACCAGGCUCUGAGGCCCCCUUUUCUGCUUUGGGUCCCACUGAACUGGUAAGAAUUGUAUUUAAAUUUUACUUUUGGUCUCUAGCACCCAUUUCUAUAAACUCCAUAGCUACCCAGAUCAAAUAACCAUUAAAUGAAUAUGUGACAGGUUUUAAGCAAGAAUUCCCAUUUGUUUCCAUCAUAUUCCUUCUUCCCUUCCCUUUCCCCCAUUCCUUCGACUAUGCUUCCUGGCAGAUCUCUGGCCACAGUUAGGAAGAUAACCAUUUGCACUGGGCUUGCCUAUGCUGUUUCUAAAAGUUGGCGAGUUUUUUUGGGGGGUAAUUGUUAUGCAGACAGAUAGUUAUCCUGAAGCUUAUUUUCUUCACCAGAACCUUCCUUCCCAUAGCAUCGGCUUUUGUUAUAUUAGUUAUGGUAGAAAAAAAAAA